AUGAUAUUAAAUAUUUUAUCCAAGUUCCGACAGCCACGGGCACUAGUGUCAUCAUUAAAUAAAUUCACACCAGCAUCAGGUGUUACAGUCAAUGGCCGAAAUCGUCAAUUCUCUGCUGUCAGUUCGCCUAACACAUUGGAUUUUCAAAAUGAAAAGUUACAACAGCUUUUGGAAUCACUACGUAUCGAGUUUUAUGAUUUGCGAGUUAAUUCAUCCGGAGGACAAAAGGAAUAUCAGAGAAUGAAUCAAUUGUCGGAUAUCGUAAAGAUGCUGGAACAACAUAGAGCACUACAAGGCAACAUGACUUCAAAGGAGGAAAUCGAAGCAGAAAAGGAUAGUGAUAUGCGUCAAUUGAUCGAAGAAGAGAAUCAAGUGUACGCCGACCUAAUGAAGAAAACUGAAGAGAACCUUUUGAGUAAAAUGUUAUUAUUAGCUGACAGUGAGUAUUACCCGUCAUUGAUUUUUGAAGUCAACGCUGGAGCCGGCGGUCAGGAAGCAAUGCUUUUCGCCAGAGAAUUAUACGACAUGUACAUUAAUUACUUCGAUAAUAAUGGUUGGGACUAUGAUGUAUUGGCGGAGGAUAUUACAGAUAUUGGCGGUUUGCGACAUGCCAAUGUCAUAGUCAACGACGAUCAAGCUUACCAGACAAUUUGUUAUGAAGCUGGAGUACAUCGCGUUCAACGGGUACCAGCUACUGAAAAAUCGGGACGCAUCCAUACAAGUACGGCAUCAAUAGCCGUCAUUCCAAGGCCAGCUGACAUCAAUGUAGUUAUUGCAGAAAAAGACUUAAAAAUUGAAACGAAAAGAGCAAGCGGUGCUGGUGGUCAACACGUAAAUACCACGGAUUCAGCAGUUCGAAUUGUACACUUGCCUUCAGGAAUUGCCGUUGAAAGCCAGUCGGAACGAUCACAAAUAAAAAAUAAAGAAAUUGCUCUGAAACGACUUAAAGCCAAAUUGGAACAAAUACAAUUGGAAUCUGCCUUGGCUUCCACGAGAGCAACACGGAGAGCACAACAAGGCAAUUUGGAUAGGAAUGAAAAAAUUCGUACAUAUAAUUUUGUGCAAGAUCGUAUCACCGAUCAUCGUAUACAAGGUGGAACUGUACACAAUCUGAAGGAGUAUCUUCAAGGCGGGGAACAUUUGAAUAAUCUAAUGCAAAGAGUGGCUAUGGAAUGUCGCAAGAAAAAACUAGCAGAAAUGGUUGAAAAUUGGAAAAUGCCUGAAACAAAAUAA